AUGCGUUGUACAGAGAGUCUUACAACACCACCACCUUGCCUUGACCAAGGCUUGCACUACAUCAAAGUUAUUUGCUUGACUGCGGUUUAUGAUGAAGUAUAUCGACCUCAAUUACAUUAUUCCCCUCCAAAAGGAUGGUUAAGCGAUCCAAAUGGUUUAGUCUAUGAAAAUGGAAUAUAUCAUCUCUUCUUUCAACAUCAUCCGAAUUCAACAAGUGACAUAUCGCACACACAUUGGGGUCAUGCAAUAUCUUCGGAUUUGAUUCAUUGGAAACCACUCGACACGGCACUUUAUCCUCCAAGCAGAGACAUUGUUAUGUUUUCUGGUGGCGCAAUCUUUGACCACAACAAUGUCACUGGGCUACAAACUAACCCCAAUGUACCGACAAUGAUCUUGACGCCCACCGCAGCUCAAUGGUCGUCACGUCAUCAAGAUAUAUGGUUGGCGUACAGCAACGAUGGUCCUGAAUACGUUAAUUUUCAAUACUAUGAGAGAAAUCCAAUAAUUCCUGGGCCGAGAAAUACCGAAAUAGUAACAGCCAACAGAGACCCGACAGUUUUCAAGUACCAUGAUUAUUAUGUUGCAAUAUCGGCUUCAUAUAAUCGCACCAAGUUCUUUAAUUCGCGUAAUUUAUUGGACUGGGAGCUUGUGAGUGAAUUUGGAGAUACCGAUGGAGCACAUGGUGGGAGAUGGGAAUGUCCUUCACUUUUACCUUUUAAUGUCACGAUCAAUGGAAAACAAGUUGAAAAAUAUGUUUUGAUAAUUACUCUGACCGACUUUCAACUUCCUGCGCACCAGUACUUCAUAGGCUCCUACGAUGGUAAAAAAUUUACAAAUGAAAACUCAAAAGACACAAUAUUACGGCUGGAUCAUGGACCAGAUACUAUGGCUGGCAUUACAUACAAUAACUUGCCAGACGGUCGACAUGUUCUUAUUAAUUGGAUGGGACGAUGGGAAUAUGCUGGAAAUACGAAUUUCAGCGCUUGGAAUGGACAAAUAGGCAUUCCUAGAGAAUUAAAGUUGGUAACAGUGAAUGAUCAAAUUCGGCUUACAUCAUUGCCAAUUCAUGAAAUGGAAUCAUUGAGAAUCAAUCCAGUUCACAAGCAAAACAUUAGUAUCACGAAUGAGUUCACAUAUAAAAUCGCCGACAGUGAAAAGAAGAAACAUUUGGCUGAUAUUGAAAUGACGUUGGAUCUGAAGAAACUUAAAAGCGGCGAAGCAUUCGAUAUUGUGUUUUCGGGAAAAGAUGACGAAUUGAAGAUUUCCUUUAAAGACAAUGAAUUUAUUUUGGACCGAUCACGUGCAGGAAGAAUGGUUCCGAUUUUCGAUAAUUCAACAUUG